AACUGUCAUUCUUGUCAAAAUGAAUUACAUGAAGUUGACGUGCAGCGAAGUCUUUUGAAAAUUAUCGAAACUAGAAUUUUGGUUAUAAAAUCGUAAAAGUUGUUUUGUAUUGUUUUAAAACUUAAACGUGAUGCCUUUGCAACGAGUCGUAACAUUAUCAAAUAUAUUAGUUCAGAGCAGUCGCUCCAGUUACGUAUUUAAUACAAAAUGUCAUCAGAUAAACAAGUACAAAUGUUUCACAACAACCAGAUUAAAACAUACAAAAGUACUAAAAAGCGAAAAAGAAAAAUUAAGGACAUAUGUUGUACAGAGGUAUAUUGAUUAUGUAAAGAAUUACACAAAUGUCUUAGAAAACAGAUUCCCCACUGCGGUGAAAAUGUACAGAGUGUUUAGUGUGGGAAUCAAAGAUUUUCUACGAGACCUCAAAACAUAUAUAUCAUUACGAUUCAAAAUGACAAAAGAUAAAGGAUUUAAUAAAAUGACGAGACAGGAGAUUGAAUUAUUUCAGAAGAUGCCUUCAGACAUGUGGAGAAUAGCACCAGUGCUGAUACUUUCUGCUGUACCUUUUGGAAACUAUGUCAUUUUUCCUUUAGCAUUUUUAAAACCAAGGACUCUCCUCUGCUCCCAUUUCUGGUCUAUACAACAAAAAUUAGAAUUCUCAACUCAAGAUUUGGCGGAACGCUUACGGAAUAAUAAACCGGUGUUCCGAGCUCUACAGGCAAAAUUAGACUCAAUACCAAAUAGUGAGCUUAGAGAUAAAUGGAAGAGAAUCUUGGGAUUACUUGGAUCUGGAGUGCACCCUAAGCCUGAUGAUAUUAUAGCCUGUAAAGAAUUGUUUAUGGAAAAUCAACCUUAUGAGCUAAGCACUUUGACCUAUGCACAUGCGGGUCAUCUGUUAAAAAUGCAUGGUUUACGGAGAACGAUAUUUAGGAAGAACAAAUUGAAGUAUAGAGCAUUUCUGUUGCUGGAAAUGGACAAAGCGAUCAUCAGGGAAGGUGGGGUGGAUGCGCUGACGAUGGACACGCUGCGGUACGCCUGCCACUUAAGAGGUUUGAACGGCAGUCACCUAACAAACCAAGAAAUGAAAAAUUGGUUGUCGAAAUGGUUGAAAAUAUCACAAAAUGUUGACAAAAAUUCAUACUCACUCUUGUUACACACACCUAUUUUCUUAGCUUACAAUCAUUCACAAAAUUGGGUGUUAAUAUACUAAAUGUUUUAUAUCUAUAGAUUUGUAAGUAUUAUAACAACAAAAGCCAAAAUGUAAGUUCUGAUAGUUUGUAAUAUUGCGAGUGGUAGGUUUGAGGAAUAUGAUAUUUUUACAUUUCUGCUAAUGACACAGGGUUAUAGGAAAGUUGAUGUUGUCAAAAAUGUAAUAUUCAAAACACUAAGGAUGUCUAAACUAUGAUUUUCUUUCCAUCUCUAUGUCUUUACCUGGUCUCUUAACUGAAUGUCGUUAGCGCUUAUAUUUCUCCAAAUAAUUGACAUAAAUUCGACAGCUGACUAAAUUAUAACUAUCGCACAUGAUAGAUAGUUAGAUAUUUUUACGAGCUUUUUGCUUCUUUAGCGCCAUCUAGGGAGCAAAAAAUGCAUUGUAAGUACUCGUUGGAUAUCGUUUCCAAAACCUUGUGGUAUCUUUGUAGUUUUAAGAACAAGAUCGUUUGUGUUAGUUAUUUAUUGUCUGCAUCAUCCAUUCAAUUCAGCUAUUAUUAUAUGUACAUUUAAAUAUUAUAAUUUUGUUCUAUUUAUUGUUAAUUUAAAUAGGUAAGUGAAGAAACGGUAAUAAUUUGAAAUUAUUGCAUAUUAUGCUUAAUAUCUCAGUAAAACGAAUGUUUGAAGACACUUAUCGAAUAUUUGAAAUAGUUAAAAGUAACUUAACAAGAAGUAGACAGACAGAAAGUAAACUGGAGGUAUUUGUGUACAUUACUUGUUUGUUGUUACAUUACUUCUGAUUGUUAUGUUAUAUAGAUAUGGGAAAUAGUUGUCAGUUGUCAGUUACUUGCAGUGAAUGCAGACUCAUGUACCAUCUUAGUCAAUAAAAGAAGUUUAACUUCGUACUUCAUAAAUCACAAAUGAUAAUAUAUUAUAUCGUUAUAGUUUGACUAUUAUUGUUGUCCAAUCUAAAAAUAGAUUAUGUGGUAUGAAUCUUGAAAUAAUGUCGAGCUUCUUUGAGCGUAAACAAAAACAAUAACAUGUAGUAACAGUUUGUCACGCCAAAAUCAGAUGAGAUCUGUUGCAGUAAGGUCCAUUGAUUGUCCACGUAACCGCGUGUCCUACGUACACUUUCAUUAAUUGAAGAUUGUAUAACAUUGCAAGAUGAAUGCUUUCAUAUUACCAUCAGGUGAUCCGCCUGUUCGUUUGCCUCCUAAUCCAUAAAACUCUCAAGCCCACGUCCACCGCUACUGUAUACCUUGCUUCUGCCAUGCUCUAGUAUUUUCGGGCUAUAUGUCCCGCGGUUUGCCUCUUCACGUUGGCUUUUUAUUGUAGGUACCUACAGCAUUAUUAUUUCACCACACAGACAUGCAAACGUUGUUUUAGGUAAUUUUAUUAUAAUGCCAUUCUAUGAAAAGUAAUUAAGCCAUUCUAUGGAGGUGAUAGAAAAUGGUAAACAAUUACGUAAGUGUCGUGUAAAUAGUUGAUCAAGACAGAUAAACAAUAGUGUCCACGGCCAAAAUGUUGUAUUUUGUAUGUAACUGACAACAAAAUUUGACUAUAAUCAAAGCCCAAGUGAAAUUGUUUCCUAUUUAGUUAUAUUAGUCUAAUUUAAAAUGGACGCUAAACACGCAAUAACGUAGUGAUAUAUAUAAGCAAUGUUACCUGUGUUAUGUUAAACGUUUAUUUUUAAGCAACUUCCUAUUUAUUGACGUGAAACGUCUAGAUUUAUUUUGUAAGAACUCCUCAAUGUUAAUACUAUCUGGAGCGACAAUAUGAACAUAUUAUUGACUUAAAUAUUUUGUCUUAUUAAGACUACAAUGUGUUAAUAUAAUUGCUUAAUGAGUGUUAUAAAAAUGUUGUGUUAGAAUUAGAACUAACUGCGCGAACGCUAUGAGUGUUUGGUUGUAUAAACUUAGCUAAAUGGUCAGCCUACCAUUGUUUACUCAUCAGAUGGCACUAAAAUAGACUGAGGUUGUGUAUGUCUACAUACAGGGUGUAAGCGGAACGCUCCCGAAAAACGCCACAAAUUGUUUAUGUUUUUAUAAUUUUAAUCGUUUUUGUGUUUGUAUUAUUCAUGCUAUAUUAACAUUCAGCAUUAGAUUACAACUAUUAUUACUUAAAAUAAACAUUGAAUUCUUUAUUUUUUUAAAAUAAUACACGUUUUUUACCAUCACCUGUUUGCGACGUUUGGGAGCGUUCCGCUUACACCCUGUAUAGAGAAUUAACAGAACUCACCGUACAUCAGUCCCACCUGGUAAGCAAACAAAUAGAGUAAGAACAAUUCUACAUACAAUGCUGGCAACUCCAUUAUAAUUUUAAUCGUUUUUGUUUUAGUGCUAUUCAUACAUCAGCAGUUGAUUAAAGUAUUAUUAUAUAAAAUAAAUUCAUUUUUGAAUAAGUACCUUUUUUGUUUGAAAAUUAAACUCAUUUUUUCUUGUCAGCAAUUUUGUCUUCACCUGUUUGUAGCGUUUGGGAGCGUUCCGUUUAUAUUAUAUAAAUCCUAUAUUAAGCUGUUUUGACUGGACCCAGCCUUCAACAAAUAUUAGAAAAAGUUAUUGGCAAAGUAGUAGAGAGACAGUAAACACUAGUUGACUGCUGAAUUGAUCGUAUAGUUUCGUUAAACCAAAUUAGUAAAGCAAUAACUGAUCUGCACUGAAUCGAUGUUUAUUUUUAUACCUGUAUACCAAAUGUCUUAGCUCCUUGAAAACUUACUUAUUUUUGCUAAACUAUUAACCUCCUUACCUGUAGGCUGUACCCUUCGUACAGUUUAUUAUUUAAAUACACUACAAUAACUAUUAAUUUCUACCUUAUAAAACUAUUUGUAAGUAUGCACAAUUGUAUAAUACAAUAUUUUUCAUAAGUAUACACUACAUAUUGUAUGGUUUACACUAAUAGUGGUGGUUAAAACUAUUUUUGGAAAGCAUUUUUGUAAUCGAAUGCUAAAUUGUAUACAAAUUCAUGCUCAAUCAAUGAAACGAGCAAUAUUUUUUCAGUACCCUUAGUACGAGUACUUUAUAAAGCGUGUUCGGCGCUCUGAUUGGUUUGUUAAUUCGCGCCGGCCAAUCAGAGCGCCAAACGCGCUCUAGUUUCGAUUACUUUAAUCGUAAAGCAAACUCGUACUAAGGGUAGGUACUGUUCUUUAUUUUGCUAAUGUUCUUUGUAGGAAAUAAUAACUAGUAGAUUUUACUCUGACGACGCACUUGUCAGACAGCCAACGCACUUGUAACUCCACAAGUGUUGCGGAGGUGUCUAUAGUGCUGAUUGCUUACCAUCAGUACCCUUAGUACGAGUUUCCUUUACGUUGGACGAAAACGAAACGAGUGUGAGUUCAGCGCUCUGAUUGGUUUGUUCAUUCGCGCCAGCCAAUCAGAACGCCGAACACGCUCUCGUUUCGAUUACUUUAAACAUAAAGCAAACUCUUACUAAGGGUUUCGAUACUUGCUAAUGUAAAUAUCGCUAAAAGCAAUAUCAUAUGCCUAGCUGUUGUAUUGUAAAGUAUGUAAGUACAUAAUAUUUUACCAAAAAAAUUAUAAUGAUAUUCAAAAAAUCUAUUUAUCCGUCCUCUACCGACGACCGAAUGUAUUUCGUCAAUUUUAAUUUUCUCAUUAAGGUACAUAGUAAUCACAAUUUCCUUGUUAUUAUUUAGCUUCAUAUGCAUAGUAAAUGGUGUAUAAAAAUAUAAUCAUCCUAAUUUGUAAAUAGCGUAGAUCACUAAUAUUAUUUUUAUUAACAGACUUCUUUUAAUGUCUGUCUUGUAGAUUAUUUUAAAACAUUAGACAAGUAUUUUUUAUUUUGUUACAAAAACAAAUACUUUAGAAGAUAUAUUGAUUUGAAUCAUCUCGUGACGACAAUUCUAAGUACGUUUUAUACGUAGAAAUGAUAUAUUAGCUCCCACUCGAGAAUCUAACAAUACUUAGAUAAAAAUAAUCAAAGUUCCCGAUUCAUUACCUAACUGAUGGACUCAAUAGAUUUAUAAUUUACAUACCCUGUCAUCAUCCUUGUGGUGUUUUAUUAAAAAAAAUACGAAAAGUUAUGUUUGCAAUGAAACAUUUAAUUUCGAUACAUUAUUUAUUCUGGAUAUGAAGCUUAACUGUUUAUUUCAUUGUUUUGUUGUUCACUAACAGUAUUAUAAACGGUUUGGUUGUAAGAAUAAUAAUUCCUUAGGUAUUGUUGUACAUACAAUAGUUGACUGUUUUAAUAAAUUGUUAUCUGAUUUGGGUUGCACUAUAUUUUUUUAUUUAUUUUAUGUAUCUAUGCGUUGUUUGUGUUGAUUGAAAAUAAACGAGAGGAUUCUGUUUACAGUUUUGAAAUUAUUAUAUGAGAUUAUACCUUAUAUCUAUGAUACAUAAAGUAUAGAUUUGAUUGAACAUAUUUAUACACAUAAUGCGAAGGAACACUAUUUUCUCCUAAAGGGUGCUUUUCCACUCAUACUAAGCUAUGUAACUGUGCGAAGAAGAUGCCCAGCUCGAGUAUGCAAUGUAUCGAUAGUAGGGAAGCCAACUAUGUCACACAUCUAUAGCACGCAUCUUUCCAUACAAAAAUCAUAGCUUAGCUGAGUCCAUUUCCACCAGUGCUAUGCUAUGUACCAAUGAAUAUGAUUGGUGUAAACCAAAGGCAUCAACACGUAGCGUAGUACAUCUCUGGUGGAAAAGCAACUUUAAGCUGUGUGUGUUGAAAUGUCUAUUAACAAAACAAGUCAAUUGACUAGUUAUGCUAGCUUCGGUUAUCGUUUUACCCCUCAAACUUGUGUGUGAAAUUAACCGUAUGACAAAAUUGUCAUACGACAGACAGAAAUCUAUUGGUAGACAAAUGUCUACCAAUAGAUUUCUGUCGACAGUCAAUUAAAUACCUACUCUAUUAUUUGUUUAUUUAUUUAUUAUUAUAAGGCACAGAAUAAACACCAACAUUAAAGUAAGACAAGAUAAAGACACAAGAGCAUGUGCUUAUGCCAAUUAUAGACAUGCACCACAUUCACAGUAUUAACACACUAUUAUUAUCAACGUAAUACACUUGUAAUUACAUUUAGGAAAUCAGAUUUUCUUUCAACCGUGGUAUCUAAGGUGGUGUUGCCACACCAGUCGAUCAGUCGUCGAAUGAUUAUGCUAUCGAUUUACAUGGGUCGAUGUUGUCUGACUGAAGGCCGAUGGCAUCGGUCGACGUUGAUCGAUUAACCCCAUAUUCUACCAUGUAUUAUAAUUAUUAUGGAGACGCAAACGCAUAAUAUUCUGGAUGCAACCGUUUCGAUCUGGUAGAAACUAUUGAUCGACAGCGACUAAUCCAUUUUACCAUCGAUCGACAAUCAAUCGAUUGGUGGGUAACACCUUAGCAAAAUAAACGUUAUGUACAAUGUACUACAAUUUCUGGUUGACCUAACAAAACAUUAGGUAUUUAUUUUGCAAUUAAAACUUGAAGCUGUUUUACAAUUAUUUUACCUAAAAUAUUUGUUCUUGUUCUAAACUACUAAAAUAAGCUGCGUAUCGGCACCUACCAAUAUGAUAGAUGUACCUAAUGAGUAACUGUAAAUAAUUAUUUAGUUUUUAAGCGUAGCGAAUUACACUUAAUCUGUGUCUGCUAUUGCUAUUGCGAAUACCUACUUAUUACAUUUUCUAGAUUGCUAAAUAUUUUUAUUUUAAAUAAAUUUGUCAGAUGCCACUUGAUUUCUUUCAUCUUAAAUUCUAACUAUUCCCCAGUUAUGAGUACCUAAUUUAGGUAAGUUAGUCACCUCAUACCAGAUGCUAGGCUCGGCUACUAAGUGUCAUUGAUAGCACAUUUUUAAAACUAAAAUCCCAGUAAAAUUUUGAGUAUAAUGCCCUCUAUCGGCAAGUAGUAGAACUUUGUGUUCCCGUUACCUUACAGUAUGUACUAGAUUAAUGCAAACAUGUUCAGACUAGUUUUUAGUAUUCCGUGAUUCAGAUACUUGUUAAUUGCGGCUGGCUAAAAAGAUGUCGUAAGAGUCGAUUAAGGGACUACACAAACAUGUCAUUUAUAAAGGGGAAAUAGAGAAAUCCAGACAAAAGUUCCAUAGAUCGAUGGUUAUAUCGAUAGAGUUCAAAGAGAAGAAGUUCCCAAAUACAAAAUGGCUAAAUAAAGCUUAAUGAGUUCCUUUCAAUAUAUUCAGUUUUAUCUGCAAUAAGUCACCAACAACACUGCUAAUUAUAUUUUUUUUGGCAUAGCCUACCUACUUACAUUAAUUAUUUAAUUAAUUUUCAUGACGUGCACCUAAAUAUUGCAUCCUAUAGAACCAGGGGUCUAUUGCCAUACACCAUUUCAGUAUCUAGGUAUUGAAAAAACCAACAAAACCUAAUAAUACUUUUACCAAUCGAAUUAAAUUUUAACCCCCUUGCUCGUCAGUAAUCUUUGCACCUGAUCACGAGGCGAAAAUGAGGCUUUUCCGAAGAAAGCCUGAAACUCAAAUCCUCUCUUUACUCAACGCUUACGAUAAACAAACCAGAUAUACAUCUUCAUAACUAUUGCAUACAUACAACGCUGUCCGGUAUUGAUUUUUAAGACAUAUACUAGCACAGAUAGGUACACAAUCAGAUCCCUCUCACAGGAUGCGAGACGACUUCUGCGUAUAAAAUGAUUCACAGGGGAGAAUUUUUAAUCCCACAUUUUAUUACAUAUGUGUAGUCAAUUAACUUGUCGAAAUAAUUGGUAUUAAAAUGUAACAGCAAAUAAUUUCUCUUCUAAUGAAUAAAAUCGGAACGUACUAUGUGCAACGAUGCAAAUAUUGAGAACUGUCGGACAGUGUAAAGUUCACUGGAUUUUUGAAAACACACGUAGCAUUAAACGUCCUGUUUUAAACUAGCUGUUGCCCGCGGUUCCUUUCAUGAGGACUUUCUUAUAAUAGCUACUUAUGAUGGUCUAGUCAACAUGUGACCUACGGAAGUGAUCAUAAAAAUAUGCAUAAAUUGAAACAUCAGAAGAGUUUACAAGUUUUAGCACUAUUAGCGCCCUGGGCGAAAUUUCUUUGGCGCCCCUUUUUUGAUGACGGGACACCAUGGACGAGAUCGGCAUCAUGCAGUUUUGUACGUCGAACUUCAAAUAAGACGAGAUUAGCAAAGGCAAGAUGCUACUCUUUCAAACUACUGGGAAGCUCGACCAAAUGCCAUCGAGGAGGAGAGAUAGUACGGAUAAGAGCGUCCAAGACAUCAUCACCUUUAUGAAGGCGACCGACCCCAAUGACUUUCCGAACUUCCGACUUUCGUGGCGAAGGAGGUACACAUGUUGCCGCCCGUCACUUUUGACCACGUAGAUGUCAUCAGACUGUUAAAGGAUAUUACAUCGUUGAAGUCAAGCCUGGCCCAGGUGCAGUGCAAGUUGGAGACGUCUGAUGCUACCAUCCAGGAACUACGUGCUGAGAUAUUGUUAUCACGCAAUGUUGUUUCGGAAAGUAGGUCUUAAGGCGAAACUAACGUGAACACACAUCGAGGGCGCAAAAUGUUUCAGUUAGCUGUUUUGAAUCGGCGAAACUGAACUUGUCGCCUAUCGCAAAUAAUGAGGCCGAAGCACCGUGUCCCCUCGUGUUGUUUCGUGAUUUUUUGUCGUACCCCCCCCCCCUCCCCUAAUUUAGUCUCACGUGAUUAAUGAACGUCCCCAAAUUAGCUUACGCCGCAAUUUUAUUGCUGUCGCAAACACAACAGCUGCUUCACUACCUAAACAGCCGAAAAGGGGUAAGCAGAACCGGCGCUGUGAAGUCGUAACAAGGAUUCCGGUACAGCGCUGUCCAGAAAAGCCUGAGUGUGAUGAGGAUGGUUUCAUCAAAGUUCAACAGAAGAAGAAGAAGCCUACUUCUUGCAAUCAAUGCGCUUCUCGGUACUGGACUGACCGGACUUAACAUGCUGCUGCGUCCAGCUGUCCCUACGAGGUUGCUGUAUGUGUCCUGACUACAUCACUCCACGAAGGCUGAGGACAUCGUAAAGUAAGUGAAGAAGAAGACCAACUGGACCUUGGGAGUCGUAAGGUUGGACCCGCGUAAAAAUACAAACUUCAAGUCGUUUGUGGUACGAUUCCCAACUCAAUACCUCGAUAAGUUCCUCAAGACAGAAUUUUGGCCCAAAGAUGUCACGUACCGACGUUUACGAGGCAGGUUACGUGACACCAAGCAGCGUAAUACGACGCCUCACACAUCUUAUGACCUCAAUAAUUAAUAUCAUAAUUAUAUAUUUGUCAGAAUCGAAGGUAGAAUUGGAACUCUCACUUCUCGUGCAGCAGCGUACCUAGUCCGUGACCUGUUAAUUUGAUAUUGUAACCUUGAAUUAUCUUCCAUGUACUUUGUAAUCAUGUUUGCACUUUGAAAGUGACUGAGUCUUCUGAGUUUGUUUCGGCAUUUCUUCUCAGAGUAGUCGAUAGGAAAUACCGGCCCCAUCAGUAGUUUAAGUAACAGUGCAAUGAACAGAAAUAAACAAUGGUUUUAUAUCUGUACUGUUCUCACCUUUGGGACGGCUCGGCUAAAUACCAGCUCGAUGCCUUAGAACACAUCGAAAAACGUGCCAAGAACCUCAUCAAUGAUGAUGCGCUUGUGGAGACCCGGCUUCAAAGCUUUGAACAUAAAGCCUAAGGUUGCAAGCCUUUCCAUUUUUUACCGGAUACAUUUCGGAGAGUGUGUGGGGGAAUUGCACAACUUGAUUCCCCCUAGUCCUUUCCAUCUUCGAAUCACAAGACAAUCGGCGAGGCGUCACUGCUUCAUGGUACCUAGAUAUCCCACCCACUCUCGAGAUUCUCCUUUCACCGAUAUAUCGAAAGUGAGAUAUCUGGGCCUUUGUUGCCUGAUGUACAUGAAUAAAUAAAUAAAAUAAAAUUAGGGAGUCUCCUUUGAACCUCGCUGUGCAUGGCAGCACGUGGUCGCUGAAGCCGUCUUCCCUAAGACCACUGAAAACAAAGAAGCCGCAAUGGAUGCCAUUUUAACAUUAUGCAUUUAUAAAUGACCCCUCAAUUUAAAUAAGCGCGAUGUUAUGUGAUUACGAGUACUUUUGCUAUAAGUUUAUUGAUAACGCUAAAAAUAAAUAAAUUGUGAGUCGAGUUUUAGUGCCGUAUGUUUUCGUCCUGAAAUGCAUUUGCGCAGUUAGGAUCCCUGCGUUAAGGAGCUCGGCGCAGCGCGGCGGCACGGCAGAGCCACCGACGCCACCCGCCAGUACUGACGUAGCUCCUGUGAGAAAAACGUAAUUUUGUGCAAAUGGAAGUUAUAUGACAUUGGCUUUAGUCCUCUUUGGCUCCCCACUGCUUUUAGAUAGCAGUGGGGAGUCCCAUGCGGCUACCAACGAGGAAGACGAGGCAGAUGUUUUGGAGUAGCGAAGGGGCUUUACUAGUGAAAAUGCAAGCACCCUUCGCGAUCCAUGUACCGACCCCCCAAUCAAGCCGCCGGGAGCAACACACAAACAACAGCUGGGAUACAUGGAUCUUAAACCACAAUCUUCAAUCAGGCUGGAAUCACAGCGUUUUCUGUAGUUUGCCACGUUACAUAUCGCGGUGAUGUGUACACGAAUUAUUCAUGUAGAACUCUGUCUCUAUCUAAGCUAUUGUAUUGUAAUGUAUUCCAUGCAAUAAAUAGCCCUUCAAGGAAA